CUUGGCAAGUAGGUCGGGUGGAAGAGUUUUCAUGGUAACCAAUCUCUGCCCUACAGGAAAAGGUUUUAGGGCUUAGGGUGUCCGUAGUGUGAAGGGUUUUGACAUUUGUUUGACAGUAUAUAUUGGUGUCUGUGAGAGAUUUUGCUGUUAGUAGUCACAAAUCGAAGGUAUAACCAUGAGUCAACCAGGAAACAUGGGUUAUGGACAGCAGCCACCUUAUCCUGCUCCUGGUCCGUAUCCUCCUGUAGGCGGCUAUCCUCAGCCGGCUGGCUAUGCUCAGCCAGGUCCAUAUCCUCCACCAGGCGGAUAUCAACAACCAGUUGGCAGUUAUCCUCAGCCUCAGCCUGGACAGUACCCUCCACCACAACAACCUGUAGCAGGGUAUAUGGGCCCUGCUUACCCACCAGGCAGUAUCCCUCAAGGUGGUUAUGGUCCACCUUCUGGACCACAACCUGGACAGCCAGGAGCAUGGAUGCCAGCUCCACAUGUACCAAACUGUCCUCCUGGCCUUGAGUACCUCACACAAAUUGACCAGAUUAUUGUUCAACAGCAGGUUGAAAUACUUGAAGGUAAGGUAGUUCUGUUUCAUUCAGUGUCAUGUCAGAAUUCUAAUCCAGUUAUAUCAAGAUCUGUUAGCAGAAUCCACUUUGCUUCUUGUUUCUUAAGUUAUAUCGGUAUAGCAUAUUUAGUUUUGUUCUGUGUAAGUUUUGGUGCAUCAAAUAUGAUUUUGUGGACAUCAUCUGUUACCUGUAGGCCUGACAUUAGUAUGUUGAAGAGGUACUCCCCUUGUAUGCUCUUCUUUUUCUGUUUUGGAUUCUCCUGUUGUGAUCUGGAAAGUCCUGUCUUUCAGAAAUUCAAGGGUGAGCCUGUUAUUCCCAUUUUUGUGGCUUUGAUUAGUAUUGCUUCUUGCUUUGAUGUUAUUUCCGAUACUGUUGAGGGUCUCUGUGUUUUUCCACUCCUUAUUGGGGUUCCAUCUCUCAGUGGUGUUGCCUCCAUGUAUUUUGCAUUGGUUUGUAUUGAGUGGGUGUUCACCAUGGCAGAAAAAACAAUAAUCUUUCUUGGGGCAUUCUUUAUAGCUAUGGUAGAACUGGCUACAUCUGCUACAUCUUUUCUUGUUUUUGCAUGUCAUGGUUCCAUGCCCAUACCUCAGACACCUGAAAUAUUUGGGGAUGGGGAAAGUAUAUUGAUGGACAGAACUCUUAGGGCCCUUGUUAAUUUUAUUGCUCCAUCAAUUUGGGUAUACAGGCAGUUGUCCAAAGUUAAAACUGAAUCUUUUGUGACAAUAAUUAAGAGAGAAAUUAACUAUUUCUUAGAGAGCAUACCAAAUGUGGAAGCAGUUCAGCGUAGUAAUCAUGCUACGAUCAUUCACAUCUAUUAUUUGGGUAAAAUGGUUUUUUACCAGCCAAUGAAUUUUAAUCAGGAUAAACACAGCCCUCAGGGAUUAUGUAACACAAAAUCUUCUGGUAAAUAUUAUAAAAAAAAUUUACACUUUCAGAGUAUUGAAGUCACUUCUCCCCCGGGUACUGUAAUUGGAAGCAUCCAUCAGGAAUGGAGUAUACUAGCACCGAAAUUCACUGUCAGGAAUGCAUCUGAUGAUGUCAUUUUGAGAAUUGAAGGUCCUUUCUGUACUUACAGUAUAUGCGGGGAUGUGGAAUUCCAAGUGUUGUCUCCUGAUGGUUCAACUCAGGUUGGCAAAAUCAGCAAGCAGUGGACAGGCCUUGCCAAAGAAGUCUUCACUGAUGCUGAUAAUUUUGGAAUUACAUUCCCCAUAGACCUUGAUGUGAAAAUGAAGGCUACCUUGCUUGGGGCUGUGUUCCUCAUUGACUUCAUGUUCUUCGAGAAGAAAGGCAACAAAGAAAAUGAUUCAGUUGGAAUGCUUUAACCCCUUCCCGACGGGUCACACCUAUAGAUGUGAAAACAAACCGCUCGAAAUGUGGCAUGCGGCUGUCUGCUGCGGUGGCGCGCCAAAGCAAUCUGAGGCAUGAUUCGGCUUGAUGUAUCGAACUCACCCGCUCAAAGUCGGCGCGUUACCGUGGUUCACCAGAGUGUAGAGUUUUUUUUUGUUUUCUACACCCUUCACCAAGGGGUUAAGGUGUACCUGUGGAGGGUACUGGUUGAUAUCAGUGUACUUAACAUUAUUUCCAUAACAGAAAUGUCCAGUUUUUAGAUAAUUAUUUGGUUUAAUAGAAAAAACAGACAUCAAGAAAACAGAAACUAUUAAGGACUGAUUGUCAGGUAUAUUCAUAGUAAUAUUGAAUGGAUGAUAAAACCAUAUAUAUCAACAUUUUUUUGGUUAUGAACGAUGUGAUGUUAAAAGAUAACUAUAACUAUAAGAAGACAGAAUUUAUAUAUAGUAUAAGUAUUUUUUGCUAUCAAUGUAAAAUUGAUUUAUCAUUUAUUUUUUAUUCUCCUCCUAAUAUCUAUACACUGUCCCCUACGAUCAGUUCUGCAAACUAUGUCUGGUGUAAUCAAAUGUAUCUAUAUAUGUUCUAAUAUCUUGAUGUAGAAAAAUGUAGUGUAGAUAAAAAAAAAAAAAAAAUCAAUUAAAAAUUGAGACACCAGAUUUCAAAAUCCUCUUGAAGGUAACAUCCAGAUGGAAUUCAAAAUGUUGCUCAUGUUUUGCCAUUAUUUUGUCUAUAUUUGUAUUGUCUUGAGAUUCUAUUAGAAUAUUAAUAAUGGGCUAAUCACAAGGGAAUUGAGUCUACCAUUGCCCAGGGUUAAAGAAAAGCCUUAUGUUAAAAGUAAGUAUUCAAUAUUUUUUUCUUUCCUUUUUUAUGUCUGUUAUAUUUUUCUGUAAAACAUUUUUUCUUAAAUGAUUAUUGAAAGUAAGUAGUAUUAUGUUAGUUGGGGCUGUUUCAGAAUUAGUUAUCUUUUAACCCAUUAGUGUAAGGUACAUACACUGCAGAUUGUUUUGUUAGUUUUGUUUACACACAAAAGUGCUUGGGGUGCCAAAAGUCACUUGUUAGGUCUGCCUUUUCCUUGAAUUUUUUUGGAAAGUUUCUUCAUUAAUUACUUUUUUUUUAUCAUUUUCUUUUAUUCUAACUGUAAUUAUUAAUAUCAUGAAGACAUUUUUAACAAUAAUGAUAGUGAACAGUCUAGGACAGAAAUAAGAUUAUAUGACUAUUAUUUCACAAAAUGUAAGAAAGGAGUACACAAUUGACAUCAGGUUGGGCUAGCUUUUAACUCCUAGGUGACUGAGCACUGUGAAAAAUAAGAUUGACAAAGAAAUCAAAGUAGAUGUGGUAUGUGCAUAUGCACUCCAGUUAUCAAUGGGUAAUAUUAAGUGUUGUCCCUGUACAGCUGACUUCCCAAAAACAACUGAUCAUUGGAAGGGAUGCUUGUUGUUGUUAAUUCUAAGUGUCAGUGUCAUUUAAAACAAGGGCCCCAUUUUCAGUGGUCCUCCCAUCCUCCCAUUUUUUUCAUAUAAUUAAUCUCUACAUUCAGUGAUAAUCCAGCAUUUUCAUACAUGAGAACACAGAUUUUCAUAAGUUCACAAAUAUGUGUACUGAUUUUUUAUUUGUAAUGAAAUACAAUAAUUAUAUAUAUAGUUGUUAUUAAUUCUAAAUAAUUUUAGGUGAUAGUGAAAGGUAUUCAAAGAACACAUAUCUUGCAUCACAAACUAUUAGUCUGACAUUUAUUACCCAAUAUGAUUGUUUCCAUUUUCUUAUUUUCUAAUAGAUGUCUGUAUUACUGACAUAUUGUUCAGAAAUAACUUACUCAUGCUGGUGUAUGAAAUAUUUUAAGCAUAUACAUCUUUUUGUACACUUAACCCCUUCCCGACGGGUCACGCCUAUAGGUGUGAAAACAAACGGCUCAAAAUGUGGCGUGCAACUGUAUGCUGCGGUGGCAUGCCAAAGCGCUCCGAGGCAGGGAUUCGGCUUGAUGUACCGAACUCACGUGCUCAAAGUUGGCGCGUUGCCGUGGUUCGCCAGAGCGUAGAGUUUUUUUUUUUUUUUAGUUUUCUACACCCGUCACCAAGGGGUUAACACCUCCACUCCAAGACAUGUUACUUGAUGUCCAAACUUGAGUAACCUAUGAGAUGUCAUAUAAUAUCUUCACAUAUUGUUUACUUAUUGUGUAACUGUGUGACCAAGGAGGCAACUUUACAAGAUUUAUAUUAAAAGAGCCAGGGAUGCUGCUAGCUGGUUAUUCAAAUGUUUUAUCUACACAAAAUACACUUUAAUGUGAAUAUUUCAUAUAAAUUUGUUAUUACAAUUCAUAUAAACUCAACAACAAAGAAAGUAAAUGUAAUGAAGAAACAAUAGAAUUAUAAUGAAGACCGCUAUUGUUUACAUUUAUUGGUUAUAUAUCAGAAAGUCUGAUAUAUGACCACAAAUUA